UUCUUUUGUCAGUGACAUACAGUAUUUCUCUGCCUUUAUCCAGCUGCCCUCUAAAUGCCACUUUUUCCCAUCUUUUCCUUGUAUAAGUUGUGUAGCCGUAGAUGGUUAUUUACUAGUUGCUUCUGAAAAAACUUUCAUUAGCUUCAAUUUCAUUAUUCAAUUUUCUUGAAAAAAAAAGUAUCAGUAGCAACUCCAUUUUGCAGAAGAGUUUCUUCAUACUGAUGAACAGUCGAUGAACAUGAGUUCUCCAUCAACUCAAUUUGCCCCCACAAGAAGGAUGGGCAUAUUUGAACCUUUCCACCAUAUGAGUGUGUGGGAAGACACAUUUAGAGGUGACAUUAUGCCCAGCACUGCUGCUUGUAUGGUCACACCGACAAAUGACAGGGCAGAUGACAAGUCUGGAUAUACUUCUAGUGAACAACUAAUACCAUCUGGAUCUGAGGAUAAUCAGGCAGGAAAGAGUAUUUCAGACAAGAUACAACGGCGUCUUGCACAGAAUCGUGAAGCUGCCCGAAAAAGCCGUAUGAGGAAAAAGGCUUAUGUUCAGCAGCUUGAAAAAAGCAAUUUAAAGUUAGCACAACUUGAAAUGGAACUUGAGAGAGCUCGACAGCAGGGACUGUACAUUUUAGGUUCAAAUGGUAAUAUGGGGCUAAGUUCAACAAUUAAUCCAGGAAUAGCUGCAUUUGAAAUGGAAUAUAGCCUCUGGGUUGAAGAGCAACAAAAAAAGAACGUAGAGUUGAGGAACAUCUUGCAAUCCCAUGUAACCGAAAUGGAGCUCCAGUUGCUGGUAGAAACCGUCUUAAACCACUACUACAAUCUCUUCCGAAUGAAAGCUGAUGCUGCAAAAGCUGAUGUGUUUUACUUGAUGUCUGGGAUGUGGAGAAGUUCAGUGGAGCGGUUUUUCCUCUGGAUCGGAGGAUUCAAGCCAUCUGAACUCAUAAAUAUCGUGAUGCCACAACUCGAGCCAUUGUCUGAUCAGCAGAUCGUGAAAAUCUGUAAUCUGCGACACUGUUGUCAGCAAGCUGAGGAUGCUCUCACUCAGGGAAUGGAUAAACUUCAGCAGACUCUUGCACAGGGCAUCCUAACUAUGACCACCGGAAUGGGAAGUUACAGUUCUCAAAUGGUUUCCAGUAUGGAAAAGUUAGAAGCACUGGAAAGUUUUGUUAACCAGGCAGAUCACCUUCGGCAGCAAACACUACAACAAAUGUCACUUAUCUUGACUACUCGCCAAUCAGCCAGGGGUUUACUCGCUUUUGGAGAAUAUCUUCAACGUCUUCGUGCUCUAAGUUCUCUUUGGGCUGCCCGUCCUCGUGAACCUACCUAGCCUAUUAUGACCAAAAUUGAUGAAGAUAACUAAGUUUCCUCAGCUGCAGCUGUUAGCGCCUGAACGAGCUGCAUAUGGAAAAUGUAAUCAAAGUCCUGUCCAGACUGUGAUAUAGUUUUCAUACUCCGAAAAACAUAUUAUUCAGGUAUCCUGGCAUGUAUCCAGAAUUAUGUACAUAGGGAAGGGAAUGUAUAUAAUUCUAGAAUAAGGUGAUAAGAAUGUGAAGAGUAGAGAAACUUGACGAUGAAACUCACAGAACUCUGAAAAUGUGAUUUUUACAUAUGGUGAAAACCGAAAAGUAUUGCUAAUGCCUUGUGCUUGUAGAGCUUUGCAGCACAGCAAGAAAUUAUGGGGAGUUUUUUCCCACUUCAUAUAUUAGUUUGAAAGAUUAGAAUUUGCCCA